UUUUGAGUGAAUCCCAAAGAACAAAACGAUUAAAAAACAAAUAUUUCGAGAAAUUGGCAUUAGGGUAUUAGAAGUAAAACUAAUACCAAGAUUUCAAGAUUCGAAAAAUUGCGUUGUGCAUUGUUUCAUCGAAACCAAACGAUAUAUAAAUUCACAAAGGUUUACGUGUCUUCCUUUCGCCAACUGUGACGUCACACAUCAUCAACGAGCAAUCUGAAUCACAAUUUUCAUAGUAUAUCAUAAAUCAGCAUCCAAGUAAUAGGCGCACAAUGGAUGAAACUAAAAUUGAUAUGUCAGGCGACAUGAAUGUCCCGAAAACACCAACCAAAUCUCAAUUCGACUUUAGCAGCUUUACACAAUUCCAAAAGAUACCUACUCCCUUGGAAUUGAUACAACUUACCCGCCAAUACAUACGACCGUGGUCUGAAUUCUUGAAGACCGAUAACUUCAAAUCGGCAGCGAGUAUGCCACGUUUAACCAGUCGUUUCGUACGAAACUUGGAUUACUUCAAAAGCAAUUACAUCUUUGUAUUCAUUGUCUUGAUGAUAUACUGUCUCAUCACUUCGCCUUUGAUCUUAAUAGUACUAGCCGGUGUGGCUUUUGCUAGCCACAAGGUCAAAAAAGCCCAGGCUCCUGUGAGUGUAUUUGGUCACCAAUUGUCGACGGCCCAUCAAAUCAUGGCUCUCAAUAUCGCAUCUGUGCCCAUUCUCUUUUUAGUCGGAGCUGGAGCGGCUUUGUUCUGGACUUUAGGUGCCUCAUGCUUUGUCAUCGCCUUGCAUGCGAUUUUCUAUAACAUUGAUGGCAUUGUAACGGAGGAAACGGAGGGCUUCCUCUCUGAAGUGGUCUAAUCUCCAAACACCAAUUUAUGGAAAUUGUAGCAACUCAAAACAGAGACUCCCAGGUGGCAUAUUAAAUUAUAUAGAAUCUGGUCAUUCAAAACGGGCGCUCGUGCCAGUGGGCUUUUGGAUUACAACAGUUUUCAAAAAUGGUGGAAUGUAUUUUAGUUUAUACUUAUAUGUAUACUUAAAACUGUAUUUAAACAAGAGGCCUUAUUCAAAACUAUACUUUUUAGUUGCAAAACUUAUUUUACAGAUAUAAUCUAAAAAUAUAUUUUAUAACGCUGUUUACUUGAGCAAAA